CUCGAGUACAGAUUGCUGCGCGCAUUCUUGGUCGCCUGGAAGGUCCUCGAUGUCAGCCUUCCGAGUUUGGAUUCCACUGGACAAGCAGAACUCAUCCGCGACAUGGUUCUCUGCCAGCUUGGUCCCGUCAAGGAGCAGACCACUCCCGUCGUCGACAACGAGAUCACGACUCCUGCUCAGAAGAAGACAGAUGCCGGCAUCAACAAGGAAGCACACUCGUCCAUCCGUUUAGUCAAAACUCAGACUCUCUCGCCGGGAAGCCCGUUCAAGUUGCUCUUCAAGACCCAGAAGAAGUGGGCCCGCCAGCGUCAACUCAAGGCACUCAUUUCGCAAGCCAAGAAGCCGGAAAAGAGAAAGAGAGAAAUCGAGGAUGAGGAUGGCUGUAUCGAUACCGUCGAUGAGGAGCUCUCAGAAGGAGUGCAGAUGGAGCCUACCCCUGUUUCGACUCCAGAGAAAAAGGCACUCAUCCGUCAGAAGCUGGAGCGCAAGCGUAAGCUCGAGGCCCUCGCUUCAAAGUCGAAGAGACGUCGUUUCUAAUGAGGGCUUAACUGUUCGUACGCACAGAACGCUUGGACGGGUA